AUGGUAAUAGGCCCUCGAGAAAUCUCAAUUUACGACCCAAGCGCCAUACAACCACUUCUCGGUUUUUCUUCCUCAACAACCAAGGGACCUUUCUACAAUGUUAUGGAAAAGUCUCUUCAUCUGAACCGAGACAAAGUUUUCCACCGCCAGCGGCGCAGGGUUUGGGAUAAUGGCAUGAAAGAGUCGCUUGCUACCUUUUCUCCGCUCGUUGAGGAGUUUACAGAAAAGCUGCUUGCUCAACUACAUAAACAGAAUGGUGAACCGAUUGAAUUGCUACGCUAUUGCAGCUACUAUAGUUAUGACGUUAUGUCAAAACUUGCGUUUGGCGACUCAAUGGGAUUUGUGGAAGGCAAACAAAGUGAAGUAGCGGCAAGCAUUCUCAACACUUUCAAUAGCAGCCUGUCUGUUAUGGGCCUCAUGUACCAUAUGCCAUGGCUCAUGAACACACUGGGUGUGGUCACUUCGAUUGCCGGGCCGAUGAAAGAAUGGCAAGACUGGAGCGUGUCACAGAUGAAACAGCGCAUAGCCCGGAAAGACGGAAAGGCCGAUUUUGUAGGACAUCUUAUCAAGAACACCCCUGAAAAUACAGCUGGACUAGAACUACUAUACGGCGAAUCUCGACUCAUCAUCAGUGCCGGCAGCGAAACUACCUCUUCGGCGUUGACGUUUACAUUGAUGCAACUAGCUACGAACCCCAAAUACGUGGAUGCGAUACGGAAGGAGUUUCGUGACUGCGUAUCUUUCAACUGCAAUCGGCCACUUCCAACGCUAGACGCAGUAAUACAAGAGUCAAUGCGUUUAUGGCCAUCGAUCUUCUUUGCACCUCAGCGUGUCACCCCACCAUCUGGAUUACACAUCAAUUCUCAUUUUAUUCCUGGAAACACAAUUGUCCAAAUGCCGCCUUUCGCUACCUUCCGCGAUUCAAGAAACUUUGUAAAACCGGAUGAAUUUGUGCCUGAACGAUGGACAUCGCAACCCGAAUUGGUGCUCAAUAAGAAUGCGUUUAUUCCAUUCAGCACAGGACCAUACAACUGCGUUGGUAAAACACUGGCUAAUAUGGAACUACGGAGUGUCAUCGCAAGAGUGGUGAAUGAGUUUGAUCUUCGUCUUCCCGACGGAUUCGUAGCAGAACAGUAUUGGGACGGUAUCAAAGAUCAGUUUACAGCAGGGCCUCCUGCAGAACAGAGACUUUCUUUUGUUAAAUGCGAGAGCUGA